GACCUCGGCAUCAAUAUGGAGUCGACCCCCCGCCAGAAUCGACAACCGACUGUGAGGCAUACCGCCAACACCGACGAAACAUAUCCGUCUGCGAGUCUUCUUGCUCGCGAUACCGUCUCUUCAAGCAACGCCACCACCCACCUACCGGUUGGGCUUGGGAUCUCCAAUUGUGGUCUGGAGAGUAUCUAUACUCAGGCCGCCCCGAUCCCUCACCACGUGUCAUUUCCAAUAAACUCAAUGACGCCUCAUCAUGCCAUUACGCCAACGCAUAAUCACCUUCUCUCACUCCAAGCCGAUGACUUCUGCGGCAUGUCAUGCUACGAGAUUUACAAUACAACUCCAGACGGGACAAAUCCAUUGCCAGACGACCCGGCGGCACAGUCCCUGGCUGUUUACCCAGGCUUUCAACCAUCGUUCGACUACCGCCACGAGCCGUGCAUCUCCUUAGACAAAAACAGCGGACUGAACAAUCACUGGAUGGACAUAUCGACGCCAGGAUCCAUGACUCCGCCUCACAACGUGAACAAUGUAGCAGUACCAGCGCCGUACGGCCACUGGUCCGGGGAAUACCUCACACAAUCGGGCGUCAACUUGCAGCAGGCAUUACCGGUGAUGACCCACAGCGAACUUCAAUCGUUUGGUCCGCCUCUACCUCACAGUGAUCUAAGCAGGCCCUGUAAGAGUGAAUCGAUGGCGACCGCAGCACUCGAGCCGCAAAACGUUGAUUCUGGUCCAACAGAGACGGUGUCGGACUAUUCCUCAGCCAAAACUAGCAAGCGUGGCAGGAAACCGUCCGUCGAGAAAGGCUGCAAAUGUCCGGUGUGCGGCUACUACUUCACCCGACGGUCUAACUGUGUCGCGCACCAGAAGAAACACGAUCCAACAUACCACCGCGCGAUUCCAUGCGAGGAGUGCCCCAAGUCUUUCGGCCGGAAUGCGGAUCUUCGAAGACAUGUCGACACUGUUCACCGGGGAAUUCGAAAACACGUCUGCAAAUGGUGCUCGCGUCGCUACACUCGCUGGGAGAAUAUGACUAAGUCAGUACAGUCCUUCUCGCGCCGGAUCACUUUUGAUUCGACUCACUUGCUGACCUCGGAGCCCAACCCCAUGGCUUUUAGACAUCUAGUGGAGUGUAGGGAAAGACCCGCGGAUGCUCGAACACCGACUCCUCCUCCUCCUUCGUCUCUCGAGGCCGAAUGUGACUCAUUAAACUCUCUUCAGGUAGAGAGGUAA